UCCUGGUGAACCUAUCUACCAAAACUGUGCAACAAGUGAUGAUGGUAGCUCCAAGUGCUAUACUGCCUUAUCACCAGUUUAAUGACAAAGGCGAAGAUUGGCUUGAGUGGUUGCAACAGUUUGACACCCACGUAAUUGCUCACUGCAUACCAGCAAAUGACGCAGCUGCUUGCUGCCAUAAAUGAACUGGUCACUCUACAAACGGCAGCUACUUCUGCACCUCCGACGCCACUGCCUGUACUGACGCCAUUGCCAUUUCGUGCCUUCAAUCCUGAUGUUGAAUGCUGGCCAGAAUACAUCGCACAGCUCGAGGCACACUUCGCAGCAUACAACAUACCAGAAUUGGAGGCUUCACGGCUUCCACCGCCUCAGCCCACAACUCCACCGAUGGCGCCUCUGCCACGGGCACACCUGCCGUCGUCGCCCUUGCCGGUCCUGUCACCUGCACCGGACGGGAGCCUCUUGCCGCCACCACGGCCCCAACUCUGGUCGCCGCAGCCGCUGCCACUGCCACUGCCGCUGCCGCCAUGUUCCUCCACAGUGCCGGAACCGAUGGAUGCUGAGGCUGCCGUCACACUGCCGCUGCCGCCGCCACCACUGAUGUCGCCCGUGGAGGACGUUGCUUCACCUCCUCAUCCAGGAUUACCCAGUGGCGGUGCGCGACCUGGGCAUGUUUUCCACGGAGCAUUUUCCUCGCCCCCUCGCGAGCAAUUCAGGGUCACAGGUGGACAGCGUGCCCCGGCAAUUCCGCUGUCCGUCCUCUCAGCUGUGCUGCCCCUGGGUCCCUCCACCUGCCGUUGCAAGCCAUACUCAACGACGGUGUGCCGUUUCAGGGGGGAGGGAUGUGGUAUCGAUAGCAAUGAUGCAUUGGUGUAUUAAAGUUCUCAGGUUGGCACUAGGACAGACACCGAUGACAGUUCCCUCUAGCUGGUGCUGUGGAGCUCUAUGAGCUCCGCUCCAGAUUCGACCUAUUUCAUCGAGAGCAGACGGCCUGGAACAUCGCUUAAACUACAGUGUGUGUUGACUUGCUAUCGAGACCUUGUACUACU